AUGUUCACUUUGAUUUUCCUCCUCUUGCUCCUGAACAUUCCACUUCUUGUGUCCAGGAUCACCCAUCCCAAUUGCUUUUGGAAAAUGAAGCAGAACAAUGACAAGGAUGGAGAUUUGUUGACAAGUUGUAUCUUCUUCCUUUUUACAGUGCAGUGGCCUGUGGAGAAGGAUUAUUUCAACUACAUUCUGAAUACCCAAACAUCAACUGAAAACAACCAGUUUCCAUUGGCCUUAACUUUUUCCAUGGAUGAAGUCAAUAAGAACCCUGAUCUUUUGCCAAAUAUGUCAUUAGUAUUUCAGUGGCCCGAAGGUGGUUGUAAGAAUAUGUCAAAAUUAAACAGUUUCAUGCCUUUAUCUGAAGAAAAACAAUAUGCUCCCCCUAAUUAUGAGUGUAAUGAAGAGAUUAUGUGUAUAAUGAUGCUGACAGGACCAAAUUGGAAAACAUCUGCGAUGAUUGGGACAUUGCUGGACCCCUACAGAUCUCAACAGAUCCUUCAGCUUACCUAUGGACCUUUCCAUCCUAUCCUGACUGAUCAUGAAAAAUUUCCCUAUCUGUAUCAGAUGGCCCCCAAGGACACAGCUCUACCCCUGGCAAUGGUCUCUUUGAUGCUUCACUUCAACUGGAACUGGAUUGGAUUAGUCAUCUCUGACAGUGAUCAGGGUACCCAAUUUCUCUCAUAUUUGAGAACAGAGAUUGAAAGAAAUUCAGUCUGCUUUGCUUUUGUGAGCAUAAUCCCAGUCAAUAUGAAUUUAUACAUGUCAAGAACUGAAGUGUAUUAUAACCAAAUCAUAACAUCAUCUGCAAAAGUAGUUAUCAUUUAUGGUGACAAAGACAGUACUCUAGCUGUGAGCUUUAGAAUGUGGGAAUCACUAGGUAUACAGAGAAUAUGGGUGACUACCUCACAGUGGGACAUCACUACAAGUAAGAGAGACUCCACAGUUGGCUCAUCCCAAGGGACACUAGCUUUUGCACAGCAUCAUUCUGAGAUUUCUGGUUUUAAAACUUUUGUCCAGACAUUGAACCCUCUGAAAUACACAGAUGAAUACCUUGCAAGGCUGGGAUGGAUGAACUUUAACUGUAAAGUCUCAGCUUCCAAGUGUAAGAUACUGAAGAAUUGUUCAUUCAAUGCCUCAUUACAAUGGCUAAUGGGACAGACUUUUGACAUGGCCUUUGGUGAUGAAAGUUAUGACAUAUAUAACGCUGUAUAUACUGUGGCUCAUGCUGUCCAUGUGAUGCUUCUUCAACAUGUGGAUAAUGGGAAAGUACACGGUGGUAACUGCUUGAAGCUGCACUCCUUUCUGAGGAAGACUCACUUCACUAAUCCUGUUGGAGAAAAAGUGAAUAUGAACCAGAGAGAAAACCAGAAGGCAGAGUAUGACAUUUUCCAGAUUUGGAAUUUCCCAAAUAGAUUUAGGUUUAAGGUGAAGAUAGGAGAGUUUAGCCCAUAUUUUCCAAAUGGUCAUCAGCUCCAUUUAUAUGAUGAUGUGAUAGAGUGGUCCACAGGAAGUAGACAGAUGCCACCCUCUCUGUGCAGUGCUGAUUGUGGUCCUGGAUUGAGGAAAUUCUUGCAGGAGGGAGUUGCAGCCUGCUGUUUUGAUUGCAUCCCCUGUCCAGAAAAUGAAGUUUCUAAUGAGACAAAUGUGGAAAAAUGUGUGAGGUGUCCAGAGGACCAGUAUGCCAACAGAGAGCAGAACCAGUGCAUUCCCAAAUCUGUGAUCUUUCUGAACUACAAAGAUCCCUUGGGGAUGGCUCUUGCCUCAAUGGCCUUGUGCUUCACUGCAUUAACAAUUCUUGUUCUUGGGGUCUUUGUUAAGCACCAUGACACUCCCAUUGUGAAGGCCAAUAACCGGAAUCUUAGUUAUAUAUUGCUCAUCUCACUCAUGUUUUGUUUCUUGUGCUCCUUGCUCUUCAUUGGCCAGCCCAACUCAGCUACCUGCGUCCUGCAACAAAUCACAUUUGGAAUUGUAUUCACUGUGGCUAUUUCCACUGUGUUGGCCAAAACAGUGACUGUCCUUUUGGCUUUCAUAGUCACAGCCCCCGGAAGAAGGAUGAGGUUCUUCAUGAUUUCAAGGGCACCCAACUACAUCAUUGCCAUAUGUACCCUCAUCCAAAUUAUUCUCUGUACAAUAUGGCUGCUAGUUUCUCCUCCCUUUAUUGACACUGAUGCACACUCUGAUCAUGGCCAAAUCAUCAUUGUGUGCAACAAGGGCUCAGUUACUGCAUUCUACUGUGUGUUGUUAUACCAUGGCUCCCUUGCCUUAGGGAGCUUCAUUGUGGCUUUCUUGGCCAGGAAUCUCCCUGACACAUUCAAUGAAGCCAAGUUGCUGACCUUCAGCAUGCUGUUGUUCUGUAGUGUGUGGGUCACCUUUCUCCCUGUCUACCAUAGCACCAAGGGCAAGGUCAUGGUGGUGGUGGAGGUCUUUUCCAUUUUGUCCUCAAGUAUAGGUCUGCUGGGAUGCAUCUUUAUCCCCAAGUGCUACAUAAUUUUGUUCCGACCAGAGAGAAAUUCUCUUCAAAAGUUAAGGGAGAAAACCUCUUACUGA